AUGGACCCCUUCCAGGACGCGGUGCGGCGGCUGCGGGAAGCCUUCAGCUCGGGGCGGACACGGCCAGCCGCAUUCCGGGCAGCGCAGCUAGAAGGCCUGAGCCGCUUCCUGCGGGAAAACAAGCAGCAGCUGCUGGACGCGCUGGCCCAGGACCUGCGGAAGUCAGCUUUUGAGUCUGAGAUAUCUGAGAUCGCCAUUAGCCAAAGCGAGGUAGACUUGGCCCUCAGGAACCUUAAGGCCUGGAUGAAGGAUCAGAAGGUGCCCAAGAACCUGGCCACACAGCUAGACUCAGCCUUCAUCCGGAAGGAGCCCUUCGGCCUGGUGCUCAUUGUCACCCCCUGGAACUACCCACUGAACCUGACCCUGGUGCCCCUGGUGGGGGCCAUCGCUGCAGGGAACUGUGUGGUGCUGAAGCCGUCAGAGAUCAGCAAGAGUGUGGAGAAGAUCCUAGCUGAGGUGCUGCCCCGCUACCUGGACCAGAGCUGCUUUGUCGUGGCCCUGGGUGGACCCGAGGAGACCAAGAAGCUGCUGGAACACAGGUUCGACUACAUCUUCUUCACAGGGAGCCCCCAUGUAGGCAAGAUUGUCAUGACUGCUGCUGCCAAGCACCUGACGCCUGUCACCCUGGAACUGGGGGGCAAGAACCCCUGCUAUGUGGAUGACAACUGUGACCCCCAGACCGUGGCCAACCGUCUGGCUUGGUUCCGCUACUUCAACACCGGCCAGACCUGUGUGGCCCCUGAUUAUGUCCUGUGCAGCCCAGAGACGAGGGAGCGGCUGGUGCCUGCCUUGCAGAAUGCCAUCACUCGUUUCUAUGGUGACGACCCCCAGAAUUCCCCCAACCUGGGCCGCAUCAUCAGUGAGAAACACUUCAAGCGGCUUAAGGGACUGCUGAGCUGUGGCCGCGUGGCCAUCGGUGGUCAGAGUGACGAGAACAAUCUCUACAUCGCACCCACAGUGCUGGUGGAUGUGCAGGAGACAGAGCCAGUGAUGCAAGAGGAGAUCUUUGGGCCCAUCCUGCCCCUGAUGACUGUGAGGAGCCUGGACGAGGCCAUCGACUUCAUCAACCGUCGGGAAAAGCCACUGGCCCUCUAUGCCUUCUCUAACAACAGCCAGGUGGUCAAACAGGUGCUGGCCCGGACCAGCAGCGGCGGAUUCUGUGGGAAUGACGGCUUCAUGCACAUGACCCUGCCCAGCCUGCCCUUUGGAGGAGUAGGUGCCAGUGGGAUGGGUAGUUACCAUGGCAAGUUCUCCUUCGAUACCUUCUCCCACCACCGUGCUUGCCUGCUGCGCAGCCCUGGGAUGGAGAAGAUCAACGACUUCCGCUACCCACCCUACACCCCGAGAAACCUGAGGGUGCUGCUGAUGGCUAUGGAGGAACGCAGCUGCAGCUGUACGCUGCUUUAAGCCUGUGGGCACCAGGUGUCCCCCCCCACGGCUGCUGGAGAUGUGGCCUCAAGUCUAGCGCACAAGGACACUUGCCAGGUCACAGAGCAGUCUGCUCAACCCAGAGCAAUGCCCAUCUUCUGCCCUCUUCGGGUUCCCUUUUAAGGUUCUCAACUGCCCUCCAACUAGGCUAAGCUGAGUGGAGACACAGGACAGGUGUGCAGUGACAGUGCCCUGUUCCCUUCCUCCUGCACCAGUCACACAUGGCACAGCAGAGGAGCCCUGGCGUCUGCCACACCUUGGAACUUGUAUGACUGUACCAUUCCUGUUUUCUCUAAGCCUCAGUUUCCCCAGCUGUACAUGAGAGGUGAUGAUCAACUGAUACCUCCUGAGACUGCCUGAGGAUUAAAUGAGGGAGACGCUGUCAA